AUGGCUUGGAAACUCAUUAAUCAGAGUACUGGAGUCUUAUUUGUCUUCUUGGGAUUCUCAGAAUAUCCAAACUUACAGGUGCCUUUGUUCAUAAUGUUUUUAAUAAUAUAUACCAUCACUGUUUUGGAAAAUCUAGGUGUGAUUUUGGUGAUCAGGAUCAAUGCCAAACUCCACACUCCCAUGUACUUUUUCCUCAGCCAUUUAUCCUUUAUUGAUCUUAGUUACACCACUGUGAUAGCACCAAAACUGUUAGACCUUCUGAUAACAGAGGACAGAUCUAUAUCCCUCAAAGGAUGCAUAGCCCAGUUUUUCUUUGCCUGUGCUUGUGUGGUUACGCAAACUUUCAUUUUAGCAGUCAUGGCCUAUGAUCGCUUUGUGGCCAUAUGUAACCCUCUACUCUACAGAGUAGCUAUGUCUCAAAGGCUCUGUGGUCUCCUGGUAACUGGAACUUAUCUAUGGGGUAGUCUCUGUGCCACCACACUCACAUAUUUUCUUUUGGGACUAUCUUACUGUAGAUCUGUCACCAUUAACCACUUUUGCUGUGAGUACUCUGCCAUCCUCUCUGCAGCCUGUUCUGAUUCAUCCUUCAGCCAGAUGGCAAUCUUGUUAAUUUGUAUGUUCAAUGAAACUUGUAGCCUACUGAUCAUUAUUGUCUCCUACGUUGUUAUCUUCAUCACUGUCAUCAAAAUUCCUACUAAAGGAGCCCUACAGAAAGCUUUGUCCACCUGUGCCCCCCACCUGACUGCCAUCUCCUUCUGCCAUGGGAUUAUUCUCCUUCUGUACUGUGCACUUAAGUCAAAGGGCUCACUGCUCCUUGUGAAGAUAGUCACCGUAUUUUACAGCAUGGUCGUCCCUAUGCUCAAUCCUCUUAUGUACAGCCUAAGAAACAAGGAGAUAAAGGAGACUGUGAAGAAAUUAAUCCACAUAAAAUUUGUUUCUCACUCAUUAUAG